AUGACCCACCCUCAGACAUCACACCUACCGGUCUCACUUGGGCAAGCAAUACACAGGUCUCGCUCUGAAGAACAACUACCCUACGGCAGCCAAAAGGCGGAAACGAAUCUUUCAUCACGAAAAAGUUCGACAUCGACUGUGAAGCUCAUUCCCACCUUUCCAAAACUCGGGAGAGAACUAAACGUACGUUUUGAAACUUCAGAACAACGUGGAUCAAGGCUGGUUGAGGGGAAGUAUACGGAAUUUGAACGUGAGAAAAGACAGUUUAAAAGGAGGGCGAGAGAUCGACAAGAGAUUGGAAGCGAACAGGAAAGUUUCAACAAGACACUUGACACAGAAUAUUGCGUCAGAGUUAAAAUGUCUGUAGUACACGCUGACUUAAGUCCAGCUGAAAUAGAGAGUGAGCUGAAAGAGGCUCAAGACGCUAUCAGCAACCUUCAAGAUAGGCUUCAGAACGAGAAGAGAUUAUCUACUGCAAAAGACACCACCAUCGAAAAUCUACGCCAUGAGAUUCAUCUCUUGGACCAAGAACUGGUAGAUAAAAGAAAAGAAAAUGACAAAUACAACGAUGAAAUGAGAAAACUGCGAUCCAAAACAACUUCUCUAGAAACAGAAAACAAAAUUCUUGAACGCCAGGUUAAGAUGAUGAACGAGUCAACGAAAAGACUUCAUAACGAGCUGCAUGAAUUACGAAGCAAGCUUCGGGUCCAGGAGACAAAAGUCGGAGAGCUUCGUGUGCAAAGAUCGGAAGCAGUUCGGAACUAUGCGCAUCUUCUCCAAACAAGCGUGGACAAAGGCACAAGGCUACGUCAUUUUCUUCAACAAGUGCAAAAUGAGAUUCUGGAACACAGUGUCACGACGAAGAAGUUUCAAAUACAAAAGGAGGCUCUUGAGAAUCUUAUGCAAGAGGAUAGCGAAGAGGACUUGCAAUUUAAGAAGUACGGAUUAAUUUCGCCACGGAAAAUCAGGAGAUCGUCCUACGCGCUGUCAAAGGAGGAAAAAGAAAACGUGCGGAAAGGCGUUGAAAAUGCUCUGGCGAGUAGGAAUACCAAACUCCCGGACAAAAGUCUGCCGAUUGAACAGCUCACAACAGAAACUGAGAGAAUUGUUACUGAAGGACUGAAAACACGCCUGGGACAAGAAAACGAGGAAAGUUCUCAAACGGCAAAGCUGAUGCAAGAAGCUAAACACCAGAUAAAACGUUUGGACAGCAUAGAGUCCGCGCGAGUUGAAACUUCUAAGCGGUUGCAAGACAAAAUAGGUACGCAGCUCGAAGCCCUUGAAGGAGAACUCAAAGAUCUCUCCGACGACCUUAGAAUGGCGCAGAUUUCAAAGAAAGAAGACGAAGAAAAAUUACGAUCCAUCACCAAAUUCUCCACAGCAGAUGAAAAUGUUGACAGCAUAAGUCGGGCACGAAGAGCAUCGCAAGUUGAGAAGCUGGAUCUCGAAAGCGUGGUACACAACAUGGAACGAAAGAGUGACAGCGGCCCCAUGUCACCAAGGGAUCUUGAAAUUCUUUCAAUAAAGCGCAAAAUGGCGGCCAUGCUUGACGACAAGUUGAACCUCUCGGAUGCAUUAAUUGCUUCCCACAGCAGUCUCUCCAAUCUCGAAAGUCUUUUGGAGAGCAGAGGCGAGGAAAAUCAGAAAUUGGAAAGCGAACUCACGGAAAAGGAAAAAAGAAUUUCAGUCGCGGAGGAAAGUUUGAUAGAAGCACAGAAAGAAACCGCGCACCUUAAAGAAGAACUCGAGACAGCUUUGGGCGAAGUGAAAAGAGAGACGGGUGAAUUAGCGCAAUCCAACGAGAAAGGCAGAGGUCGAGGGCAUAGAGUUGAACUGAACUUUACCCCAAGCAAUCAAGUUACACGAAAAAACAAGGCUGAAACCUUGAACGACGAGUCCGACCCAGCUGGGGAAAAAGACAUGUCAAAAACCAAUGAAAACACACCUGCAUACAACAGAGCGGAUAAGGAAGUUCAAGUAGGCGGUGAAAUCUACGAUCUUGAGAAAUUUCCACGAGAAAAUCCUCGUUACGCAAGGAGACGGUUAUCGUUAGAUGUAACGGUCAGCGGUCAUCCCAAGUUACAGCGAAAAAUUAGCAAAACCGAGUUGAAGCUGGUUAAGCGAGUAAACAAAGGGGUUCAGGUAGAUUUAAAUGAUAAUUGCAACAAAACAGCACCGGAUAGUUUCAUAGAUGAAUUUCCGGGAGAGAAGCUGAGCCACAAAAAUCAAGAGUUUCAGGUCGUGAUGCAACAAAAAGGUGGAGAGAUCAAAGACCAUGAAAGCGAGCUCAGAAAACCGCGCGACGAAAAGACAGAAUCUGCAACAAAUAGCGAGGAUAAUACGCAUUUUAAUCAUCCAAUGAGAAUAUCAGAGCUCUGGAAGUCUCUUGAAGAAGCCAAACGUGAAAAAGAAGAGGGAGAAAAACGAAGUAAACAUCUCGAAGAUGAGUUAGAAAAGCGAGAGCAAGAGAUUCAAGCACUCAUCAAAGCUUUGAAGAUACAGAAGAACGGGUUCUCGUCACCGGCUGAACUCUUACCAAGUAGCGAUACAGAAGUAGUACCGCAAAGCAGCGAAAAUGUAAACGAAAAGGUAACUAUGGGUCUAGAAAAAGGCCGACCACUUGAAGAACUUGUCAGUGCAAAAGAAGUCACUUCGUCUCUUCAUGAAUUUGUCUUUGACACCGAAGAUGAUCGAUGCAUUCGAAAUGACCGAUGUUUGGACGACAAAAGGACAGACGAAAAGAAUAUUUCAGUGCUAGAGUCGGUGAUUAAUGACAUGAAAAAAGAGAUAGAAAAUAACGACCAUCAAAAGAAGCAACUGGAAGCGAUUUUGGGCGAAAAGGAAGAAGAUUUACGCAAAGCAGAAGAGGAAAUCGAACUUUACAAAUCUCAAGUUUCUGCGAUGAAAAUUGAACUUGAUGAAACGUUAGCAGAGAAAGAAAAAGAUACUAAAGAAAGUGAAGAAAUGAAGAUGCAAAUAUCUGAGCUAAAAAAAGAGAAAGAUAGUGCAAAUGAAAAUGUCGAAAGAUGCAAAUCCGAAAUAGCAGACUUAAAAUCGCUACUAGAAGAUGUCAAGAGCGAAAAUAACUGGAAGUUGAAAGAAAUUCAAAGGUAUAAAGACGAGAUUGCAGAAUUGAAGGUUUUACUCCGAAGAUCAAAGAACGAAAACAUUAAUGUAGCGAAGGAGUAUGAGUUGUACAAAUUCGAAAUAUCUGAUUUGCAAGCAACACUUGAAGAGGAAAGAAAACAAAACCGAGAAGCAGCGAAGAGAAUCGAAAAGUAUGAAACGCAGAUUUCCGAACUGAAGAGUUCUGUCCAAAAAUUGGAGGAAGAAAGCCACGGUAAAACAAAUCAUAUCGAAGAUUUAAAGCGCCGAAUUUCAAAGUUGAAAACUUUGUUCGAGAAAGAAAGAGAAGAGAAGGAUGCUACAAUAAAGAAAGGGGAGAACUACGAAUCGGAAGUUUCGGAUCUCAAAGGUGCUUUCACUGAGUCGAAAGACAAAAAUAAUAAUACAGUUAAUGAUGUCGAACGCUAUGAAGCCCAGAUUUCAGACCUAAAAGCGGCUCUCGGGGUGAAGGAGGAAGACUUAAAAAGGCGUGAAACAGAAAACAGUGAUCUCAAGAAGGAGACAGAAAAAGCAGAAGAAGAGGUUCAGAAGAUGAAAAUAAAAGAAGCAGAGACUAGACUUGAAAAGGAAAGGUUAGAAACUAGCAACUCCAAGUUACAAAUCACCAUCGACAACCUAAAAAAGCAACUCAUGGACGCGGAUGAAAAAGUGAAGGAGUUAGAGCUUCAAGUUGAAGAGGAACAACUGGGGAUUGGGCGUCUUCAAGAAGAAAUUAAGGUGCUUGAAACAAAGGUACACGUUAGGGAUGAGAACUUGGAACAAAAGGUGGAGGAGAUUUUAAGGGGAGAUGAGCGUAUUGAGGAGAUUAAACGAGAAAGAGAAGAACUUGAGAAAAAGAUGGCAGAAGUGCCGCUUUCAGAUCAACAUGAGCUAAAUAACGACACGAUUGACGGUGAGACACUUGUGGUAAAAUCUGAGGAUCAAAGCUUGUACGAGAGUUUACCUGAAAACCAUGGCGAUGAAGACAUAGACGACUUGCAAAAAGAACUGAAUGAAUUUAAGGAACAAUUAAAGAAUCUUCACGUCGAAUUAAAGGAAAUUCAACGGGAAAAAGUUGAUUUAGAGGACACGGUGCAAAAAUUGAGAAAUGUAAGAGACAGCCAAGAAAAAGAACUAGAACUGCUUCGACAACAGAAUCAAGUGGUUGAGAGCAGUAUACAGGACACUGAACGAGCUCUGAGGAAGGAUCUGGAGAUGAUGGAGGAGAAGGAGAAAGAACUGAAAGAACUCAUGAACGAGGAAUCUACAAAGGCGAGCGACAUGGAGAGUUUGGAAGCAAGGUUAAGGAACGAACUUCAAGAGAGAGAAUCCACAUUAGCUGGUAAGUUAAAUCAACUCAUCUUUCUUAUUUCAAAACUGGACAUUUGCGUCUCAGUAUGGCUCCAAACUCGGCUAAUUUGACACAUUUUUAAAGCAUUAUUAUCAACCAGCAGUCAUUUUAUUAAUUACGUCUAAUUUAUGUUUGAGAGAGAAAAAUAUUGAGGGGAAUAAAGGACAUCGGUGAUCACUGAAGAUCAAAAUAAAUGUCGUCACGUUUUAACAAAUUCUCCUCUUUACUACCAUACGAAAUGUAUGGGGAGGAGGUUGCAGAAUAUUCAUGUUGGUAUUACAGUUUUAUAGGUUAUAAUAACGCUUCUGUAGCUCGAUUGAAAAAGCCUUUACUGCUAAUUUUAACUCUCCUAAUAAUGUCACCGCUUAAUAAAACAUAGAAGUCACCAGGAAGGAACUGAAUGAUUAUCUUGAAUACUAAGCAACAAACUCCUCAUAAGUACCACAAGAAACGUAAAGAGAAUGUGCAUGUAUAUAGAGGAGAUUAAAUCAAAACGUAGACAAGCUAUUUGAGACGAGUCUUAUUUCAGUUGCAGGCGACAAUAUAUAUCUUGUGGUUCAAUUUUAUCCCUGGUUUACAUUUUUUCCGUUGUUUCAGACUCAUUACCACACAUUACCAUACCCAAAAACAACGAAAAAUAAAAUUUACCCCAAGAAUAAAACUGAACCACAACAUCUGUGACUGAAUUUACGCGCGCAGAUCAGCAAUGCUCGGUAGCUUAUGGUUUCUUUGUAAAUGUUUCAGCAAGAACAUUUACCCUGCAUUUAAACUAUCUAGCACUACUGUAGUCUAGACAAUAUUUCACAGUAAAUUAUAUGCUUUUUGAUAGCAGGCGGCGACUGAACUAAAAAAUGUUAACAAUACUCAUCUGUCGCUUCUUAUAAGUUAAAUUGUGGUGAGAGCUAUUGAAAAGUCUUUUCGAAAGUUGAUUUUACCACUUACAGUUUCAAAUAUUUUAAAAAAUUCUUUGAGUUGUCUGUUAAGGAACGACGUUUUCGAGCAAAGCACGUCAACCAAAAGUGGACUGUUUGCAAUCUUGGGGAGUGAUUUUGACCAAAUUUUCGGACAAAUCGUCUCUGUAAUUAAGAGUAAAGACACUUAGUAAUACAAAUUUGUUAGCGUCAAGGCAUAUUAAAAAGAGAAAAGGCCUCACUUCUGUUUGACGUGCUUCGCUCAAAACGCCUCUGCUUAAACUCCUUAAUAUUGUACUAAUGAUAACCCUAACAAUCCAGUUUUCCAAAAAGAGCUUUAUUCCAUUGCGAAAUGCAUUUCCGAAGUCACGUUUUGCUGAUAUUUCAGGUCACAAAGCAAACCAGCUGGCCUUAUAUAACAUUUGGCGGUGCUUCGAUUCAAGAUAACAAUAGUUUGCCUCCUUCAAGUCUUUCAAAGACACGAGAACAAUGAAAAGCCGCGAAAAUUUGGCUGUGCGCAGAAGUGCAAAAAGAUUGAGUCAAAACUCGGCGUUACUUGAAAGCGCGCUCAGCGCAACAAGAAUAAAUUCAAUAACUAAAAUGCAACAGGCUGUAAAACAAACUGUACAAGCCGUUCGUGCUGUUGGACAUAAGCGAUGGAGAUAUUUUUUGUACACAAUCAUAGAACAAUUACCAAUUACAACUUUCUUGUCAUGUAAACAUCGAUUUUGUAAAUGGAGGGCUUAUAAGGUACUUUUUGACCAACUUAUAAUCCACAAAGAGUAGCCAAAACAUACAGAACUCAGAUCAACUCAUGUUUGAGGUCUUUAAAGGCGUUUUUUAAAGCCAACGGUUGCAAUGAAAAAAUAUUGAAACAAAUAAUAUAUACGAUUACAUCUACUUCUAAAUUAUGACAACAAUAUUGCACUUUCCACUCAAUCGUCGGUGCCGAUAUUUCCAGGUUAUUAUACUUUAUCAUUAUUUUUUUUUCUACUGAGCACAUCGGAGGCUGAAAUUUAACAAACGCUCUGUUUUGACUACGCUAGUUUGCUCAACUUGGCUUCAGGAUUAGCUAACAAAUGGCUGAUUUGAUUUGCAUGAAAUAAUUUUAAGCUCCUUUUGUGGGACGCGCGAUGUUUGUUUGGCUCAAAGAAACUUUUGUUCGGUUAAAGGACGCGCUAACGUUGCUGUAAAAGAAAUCAUAUACGUGUUAUGUCUGAAAGUUCACUUAAGAAUUGCUCAAACAAACUAAGAACAAAUCAACUCGUAAAUGAAAGAAACUGUUAAUUCCACUGCCGGAAAAUGACUGUUCAUGAGUUAGGGUUCAAUUUAGCCACUUACAACUGUAAUCAAAAUGCCAAGAACGCCAAUUAUUUAAAGACCCAAUUCCCAAUUGGAUUAAGAAAGAACAAUUCAUCACAGAUGCUGUAACAGCGUCGACGCGUUAGUCUCGGCGUUAAGUGUUUAUAGCCGUGAUACAGAAUAGUUUGCUCUUAAGGUUUGUCAAGUGUUUGUUUGUUUACUUUAGCACUUAUCGUUUCCGCUAAGCGAUAACCUUAACACUUUUCUUUACAGCAAAGGAGGAGGUAAUCGAUUGGCUACAGCAGGAGAACCAACGAUUACAAGUCGAGGCAGACAAGCUUAAAAUGGACAUCCAGCAGCAAGCGUUUGACUGGAAGCAAAGAAAGAAGAUGGAGGAAGACUACAACGACCUGGCUGACAAGAUUAAACAUCUGACGACGGAAAAUCUCGAUCUACGGGCAAAGAUCAAAGAAAAGGACGAAAGCUUACGACGGGAAGAAAAGCUGCGAAUGGAAAAUAUGAAAAGCUCAGACGCUUUAAAGAUCAAGCUGGAGAAGAUGACCACAGACGAUAAGAAGCAGAGGGAGAGGUUGUUCAGCUUGAAAUCAGCGUGUUCCGAGGCUAACGAGGCAUACGAAAUUGUCAAGAAACAAAACUACGACAUGAGGAAGGAAGUGGACAGUGUGAAGAAGAGGCUCAGCGAGAGAGACAACGAGUUAGAAGCGUCAGAGAAAGAAAAAGAGAGAAUGGAGGAACAGAUCUUGAACGCUUCCAGAACAAUCGAUGAUCUGCGAAAGAACGCCAGUUUCCGUAGAGACGAGAGUGUGUCGCCGGACUCAGCUCUUGGAAUUUCUCUUACAUCUGCUUUUGACUUCAGCUCUGGUCCAAACAGUCCGAAUUCUGUUUCUUCGGAUAAUGCAUUCUCUGGGGAAAAUUAUGGCGGCCAGGAAACAGGACUGCUGUGCAAGAUGCCGACUAUGAUCGAAAACUUUCGUGCCGUUGUGCGCGAAAAUGAAGUAAUGCGCGGGAAACUUUACGAACUAGCCGUCAACAAGGAUAAGAUUGAAAGUGAAUCGAAGCACCUCACAGAGCUGAAUGCGAUCCUCAAAAACGACGUCGCUGUUAAAGAGAAAAACGUGUCCAGUUUAGAAGACAAAAUCAAGACAUUAGAGAAACAGUCACGAGAUGCGAAGAACAAAGUUGUUGAGUUAGAGCGCAAUUACACUGUUGUGUCCACGCAAGCUGAUCUGUUGAAAUCCACUCUCGAAAAUCGAGAGAAAGAUUUUACAGAAUUGCAAGAGAAAGUCGAGCUCCAAGAAGAGAAGGAGAAAACGCUAGAAUUGUAUUCCAAAUCAGUGGCGGAGAAAUUCGAGCAUGAAGCUAGCGAAAAGAAGAAGUACGAAGAUCUGUCAAGACAACUUCUUAAAGAAACUACCACCCAGAAGAAUAUAUUGCAAGGUAUUGAGAAGAAACUCUCGCCUUCUAGUAAUGUUGAAGCUCAUUACUUCUCCGAACAAGAGGAUGUUACCAUGGCAACUGUUGAAGACAAAGUGGACGUCUUGCUAAAGAAGAAGAAAGAUUUAGAAGCUCUGGUUUCCAGUCUUCAAGCGGAAUGCGCAGAUUUGCAACUGGCAAACGGCGAACUUCAAAAAGAUUUAACGCAGUAUUUGGAAUCAGAGAAAAUGAGGCAGGAAUUAGAAGGCGAGCUCAAGGCAACACGAAUUCGUGACGAGCUAACAAGUGCUAGAGCCAUUAAGCUCGAAGAACAAAAGGCCGCAUUACAAACUGAAAACAAAAGCUUGGCAGAAACGAUUGCGGAGUUGAACAAGAAGGAAGAAAACUCCGAGGUUAAGACCAGCGCUAUGAAACAAACCAUCCAAAUGUUGGAAAAAUCCAACGAAAAUUACAGAGAGGAAGAAGAAAAGCUGAGGAGCGAUUUACAAAGAGCCGAUGAAGAAAAUACAAAAAUGGCCAACGAGCUCAAAUCAUUUCAAGCCAAGAUGUCUGAGAUUGAAGCCACAAACGACGCUUUCCAAACUGAAAACGAGAAACUACGAACUGAUAUCAUGGCAUUAUCUAAAGCGAAAUGUGAUGUCGAGCGGACGAUUUCCGAAGCGGAGAGGCAGAACAAGAAGUUGAAAGAAAUCAAGGAUAAGGAGAGGGUGAGCCGAGAGAUCGUUGAAGCUGAAAAGAAUGAAGCUCUGAUUCAAUGUGAAACACUGCAGGAUGAGCUGGACAUAGCGAACAGUCACGUGGUAAUGAUUGAGAAAAAGAAGAAGAAAGCUGACGAAACGAUAGCUGAAUUACAGAAGAACAAUUCCGAAGCGACUUCCGAGAACAGAAGGCUUGCCGACGAGUUACAACAAGCAAAGAAGGACUUGUCGGAAAUGGAUGAACGAUACAAGAACUCGGUUCAAGAGGAGGAAAAUCUGCAGCAGAAAUUAAAUCUUGCUAACCUGGAAAUUGCUAAGCUGGCAACAACGCAAGAGAGCAACAUGAGGAGAAAUGACGCCUUGGAAAAAAAUCUUGUAGAGUCAAAAGGAAAGAACGAAGAGCUUGAAAUACUACUGGAGAAGACUCGCUUAGAGAAAGCUAACGCACUUAAAGACGUCAACCAAAAAGAAGAAGCUAUCCACUCGCUUGAAGCAAAGAAAAACGAGCUCGAACAAGAACGACAGAGCCUUACCAACGACUUAUACGUCGCUACGAGAAAGGUUCUAGCACAGCAGCAGAAUGCGGAAAGCUUGUUGAGUGAAGUAAACUUCUUGAACCGCGAGAUGAAAGGAAGUAUUAGAAACGCCCUGAGAAAGGAUGUUCGAAACACAGACGAAAUCCCAUCGCCAAGAGAGGGAGAGAAAGCCGUCUCGGAUAACGAAGUGGUCAUGCAAAAUUUACGACAAGGCAUUCGCACUACCGAAAGAAAUCUCGACUUCUUCCGAGCAGAGGCGAAGAUCCCCGAACACGAGACGAAAAGCUGCCAGCGAGAUGUUGAAUUUAUAAACAAGGAGUUCAUGGUCCUUCGUAAUCAACUGUCGACAUUUUCUACCACUUCUCAGAAGCUCUGUGAGGAAAUUAAGAAGUUAAAAGAAGAUUUGGCUCAAAAACAAGCCUUACUUGAAGAAACAAGGGCACAGCACGACGCUCUUAAGGAAGAAAACUUGGAAAGUCGCGAUUCCGUUAUUCAGCUGCAGAGCAAAUGCACCGAGUUGGAGUCACUAUUUGACGAGUACGAAACUAAGGCAGAGAAACAGCAUACAGAACUAGUCCGUGCAAACCAGCAGAUUUCUACUCUAGAUUCAAAUUUGCUGCGAGCUGAACAGAAAAAGAUCGCGCACGAAAAGGAGCUGUUGGUUGCCCACGAGAAAAUCUCCCACUUAGAGGCAAGUUUAAGAGCGAUGAAGGAUGAAACUCGCAGCGAUAAACAGAAGAUCGCAACGCUGGAGACGGAGUCGAACGAGAAGCAAGCUCUGGCUCGAGAACUCGACAACACUGAAGCAACUCUUAGGGAAGUCAGAUCAAAGUUCGAUGAGGUGCUGAAAGAAAAGGAGGAGGCUAAGACAGAGCUGUAUGGAAUCCGAGAAGAGCUGCGCCAGCAACAGACUGAGUCGAAGACUGCGCGCAAAGAAGUUGAAAACCUAAAGAAACAGAUGAACUCAGAAAAAGACACGAGAAAGAAGGUGGAGCUAGACUUAAACGAAAACGCUGCGGUAUGCAAAACAUACAAGAACAAUCUGCAAGACGUAGAGCGAACACUUGCAAAAAUUCGAGAGGAGAACUCAGAGCUUGAAGAGAAAGUCAGCAUUCUAGAGACAACCGGGAAUGCGCUAAGGAAAGAGACCGAGCUACAAGCUAUAGAAAUGAAGCGACUGGAAGAGGAACUUGCAGAUUCAAAGGAGCAGUACGGCAACUUGUGCAAGAAUCACGAAGGCAGCGAAAAAGAGAGGAAAAGGCUAACCAAUGAAAUGAUCGCAGCGGAGGAAAAGAUCACAAAACUCCAAGGAACAUGUGAUGAGCUGUUAAAAGAAAAAGAAACGAGCUCCGGGAAAGUUUUAUCCCUCAAUGAAGCGCUGGAGGUGAUCAUCGCUAGCAACGAAGAAACAGCAGCUAACUUGAAAACUGACCUUCUAACUGCAAAGAAAGAACUUUCCGUGACCAAGAGCGCGCUAGAGAGAAGACAAAAACAAGUUGACGAUCUGCAAGACGAGCUGAGAAACGACGAGCUCAAGAUUAAGUCCCUCGAAGAUAAGAAACAGGAGGUGUUUGAGAAGUACUGGGCAAGUCAAAACGACCUAACGGAGGCAGAAGGGACCAUAGACAAUCUGCGAUCUGAGAACAAAGAACUGAAACAACAAAAUGCCUUAUCUGCACAAAGGAUUCAACAACUACAAGACACCCUGCAAUCUGAGAGAGAUACCAACGAGAAAGAAGUAGCGGCGUGGAGCGAUCAGAUGAACAAGCUCAAGAAUCAGCAUCAGAAGAACGUGGAAGAGCGCCAAAACUUGAAAAGAGAUUUGGAGCAGACUCAAGGGUCGUUAGCAAAGUCUAAUGAGGAUCUGAAGCAAACGAGUGAGCUCUUGAGCGAGAAGGAGAAGUCGUUCAGUGAAGAGGCGAUCAAGCGCGAUCAGGCCUUACAGGACAUGUCAGCUCAAAACACAAGUAUGGAUAGUGAGCUCGCAGAAACAAAAGACGCACUUAAAAAAGCAAGUUCCGAAAACGAAGAUCUGAAAGAAAGACUAGACUUCACAACAGAGAAAGCAGAAUCGCUAGAGAAGGAGUUACAAGAGAAAAACAGCGACAUUGAAGACCUCUUGGCUGAAGGACAAGCAAAGUUGAAUGUUGUCCAGAAAAUGAGGGCUACCAACAGUGGAGAACAUUUCGCAGAGUUGCCAUCGUCGGAUUUCGUUCUCCGGGAAGACGUCGAGGACACAGACGGAGUGGACGCAAGACCUACUACACCUAUGAACACCUCAAUGAAAGACGUCGUGGAUUCUUUUCAUAAAGCGUGUUUGGCGUCCUUUAACGACAACAGGACACUUCAGCAGGAGCUGGCGGCCAAAUCGGAAGAAAUGGCGCGCGUGGAGGAAAAUCUUCAAAAGGAGAAAAACAAUGCAGCGGAGAUGAAGAGGUAUCUACAUGACUUGGAAAAGAAGAAAGCAAAGUUGGAAGACGACGUUAAGCGGUUAAGAAGACGCUUAGAAGCAUUGAAGCUUAAGAGCGUGGAAAUGGAAAAGGAAAAAGAUAAUGAAAUCACAGAGACGAAAGGAGAGAAGAUUCUGCUGGAGAAAGAUUUGUGGAACACCAAAGAAACUUUAGAAGAGCUAAAAGCCCAAAUGAAGACUUCAGAAGAAGAAAAGGAGCGAUAUGCUAAAGAUCUAGAAGCCUCGCGUAAGCAGAUUGUCGACGCAAAAAGCGAUAUUAAGGGAAGCCAGCAGCAGCUUGAUGCUCUACAGGAAAAUAUUCUCCAGUUGAAGAAACGCACGUUUGAGUUAGAAGCCAAAGAUAGAGCAAUGCAGCAGCAGAUUCAAGAAAAAGAAAAGGAGCUUAGCGCUAAUCAGUCCAAGAUUGAAGAGAUGGAGAAGUUGUACAAUAACGCAAAUGAAAAGAAGGCGGAGUUAUUCGCGAAGCUUGGCAGAGCCGAAGAGCGUAUCGCUAACUUGGAGAACGACUGUCAAGAUAAGACAACAGAAAAAAACUCUCUUGGCGAUCAGUUGGCAGCUUUUAAAGACGAUUUGGCUGACAAGUGCUCACGGUUAGAAAAAACGGAGGAGGAUUUAAAUAAUUCGCUCGAGAAAUGCGAGGAACUGGAGAUACAACGCGGAAGUCUACAAGCGACAAAUGAGAUCUUAAAACAGCAGUUAGAAGCCACAAAGAAAGAAUGCGCACAACAGGAGGCUCUUCUUGAAAAGGAGAAAGAACUGUGUAAAGCCUUCAGUAAUCAACUCAGUGAUGUGAAAAAGGAAAAGGAGAACAUUGAUCACGAGCUCAAGGAAAUUCGCGAACAGAAGGAACAAAUCGAAGACCUGCUGAAUAAAUCGGAAGAGAACCUUAACAUUGCCGAGGAAAAAGGCGCCAACUCUUUCCACGAAGUUGAAAAUCUCAAGCGACAGAUGAUGAAGAUACAGAGCAGCGCAUGCGCCGAUUCAGCACGAAAAGAGCUCGAGAUUGGCAAGUUGAAAGCCGAGGCUGACUCGCUGAGAAAGGAGUUAGACGAGAAAGUCAGGGAUCACGACGAGACCAUAACAACGCUGAAAAUCACGGAGAAGGAGAAUGAAUUCCUAAAGAAGGACCUGGCUCAGAAGCAUAACCGAGAGUCAGAAUUGAAACUCGAUCUCACGUCGACAAACAGCAAACUGCAGAGUUAUGUGAUCGAGAGAGAAUGCUGGGAACGCGAGGUGAAAAACGUCUUGAGUGAAAUUGAACAGCAGAAGAACGCAAGCCAAUCAAAAGAGGAGAAAAUGGAACGAAUGCGCACGCGCUACGAGAAGGAAAUCGGAUUUUUGCAGGAAAGAGUGGAGGCCCUUGAGCGAGAAGUGCGGAUUAUACAGGAGGCAAACGAACAACAAAGACACGCAGACGAAAUUGCGGGUAAACUGGCACUCGAGACCAAAGACAUGGAGAUUGAUAAUUUAAAACUUCGUCUACAAGCAAGUCGAAUGCAUACGAGUGAGAAAAGCGACGUGUUAGACAUGAUGAAGGAACAGUUAAAUGAGAGAACCAGAGAGAUUGCCGACCUUAUGGAGCAGAUACGAAUGUUGAAAGAAAGUUACCACCUUGAGUUAGGAAGUAUGCAUGCUGAAUUAAAAUGCGCACAGAUGGAAAACAUGUUGCAUAAGCGGGGAGAAAUUAGCGACAGUUUUGGAGGAUCAAGGCAGGAAGCCGAGCUGCUUGAAGCCAUCAAGGAUAGCCGAAAGGAAUCGGAGCGCUUAAGAAAUAUGUUGAAGAACAAGAUGAAGGAGAUGAAAUCCCUCAGAAAGCACAUCCUGUCAGAACGAGUUGGUGGAGCGAAAAAGCCUGGAUAUACAAUGUACUAAGACCACAUACUGAUGAAAGACUAAAGACUAAGAAAGCCAAAAAGCUGUAAGAACUGAACUUUGCGAACGCUAAGAGUACAGAAUGACAAUAUAUAAACCAAGGGUAACUUUGAGCAGUUUCAAUUAUAGUUCAGAACUAUUUACUCUAAGUGUUACACUUACUUUGCGGAAUCAAUGAUUGAUUUAAAGGGGCUAUGUCACGCUAUUUCAUGCUAUAUUUCUAAAAAGCUAAAGCCGUUUUCGCAUCAAUUGAGUCCAAAAGUAAUCAGAACAAUGGCUCAGUUUUGUUAUCGAAGACCUUUCAUGUGGUCUCUUGCAACAGAUGAUAAGAAUGGACAUGAAUUGAAACUUGAAAAAGUUGGGCCAACCUUUACAAAAACACGAAAAAAACGUUAUUAUGGUUAGCACUUCUUGAUGAAAUCUGUUUGAUAUCUUCAUAACACUACAGGAGUGUAUUUUGCAUGGUAAUGACUCCGGCCCAGAAUUAACCCUAAACAGUGAUAUUCUCGUCGCAUAGCCCCUUCUAAGUCCAGAGAGUGACUAACAUCAAUUUUCUCUCAACAUUUUUUAAUAGAUUAUCCAUAAAUAAGGUUAUGAGAAAUAGUCAAAUGAUUAACUGAGGAAAACUGCUUUGGUCUUUUAUUGAAUUCUCUCAACUAAUUCUCCAUGCAAAUGUAAGGAAUUCAGUUUGGAGAAUUUGUAUCUGGAUAUUGGGCCUUAAAGGGCAACUUGUAGCAAGAUUUCUGACAAAUCAACCUAUAAGAAACAAAGACCAAACCAACGUGACUCGACCUUUUGUGAGUUUUCAUGUGCAGCAAAGAUUUUGUUUUCCAGUUUGCAUUGGUUUGUGACGUUAUUUUCAACCAUGCUGAUUGACAAUAAUUAACACAGAAAUUGCUUGUAACUUAACAAAAGAAGUUUCCAUGCAUCUGCCCUGCAUAGUAGGAUAAAAAAUCGUAUAUAUUUUGUCUCACAAAUAAGUUAUUUAAGGUUAAAUAACCAUUGAGAGUAACCAAGGAAUAUAGAAAAAUUACCUUUCUUACAUAGUGAAAAAUUUAAUAAUAUAUUCAAACAAUAUUUUCCUAACAUUUCUCUACCAAUGUGUAGGUUUCAGUCCACAGAAGUUCUCUGGAUCAUGGAAGACUAGAGUUAUGAAUUGUUUUAUCUUCUCGUUUCAGAGUAAAAACCGCUUGUUUGAAACACCUAGUUCUCUUACCAUAAUGGUAAAGUUAAGUGCUCUUCCCUUUCCAGAGAGCUUGCCAAUAGGCCCUUUGCAGCUUGCCAUACUCGUGGUAGAAAAUCGCCAUGCUGGGAACCAAAAGUCACACCGGGACAAGACGAACAAAGGAAAUUACCAUUUAAAAUUAUGUAUGCCUUUUGUUGGUCUUGCCCCAGUGCGACUUUUGCAUACCAGCAUGGCGGUUUUGUACCACGUGAAUGUCAAGCCGCAAAGGGCUUAUCACCAAAUUGAGAUGCAAUAAAAAGGACAUGUAAAUUAAGCCUU